CACUUUUAGUUGCACUGUGCUCAUCGGUGCCAGGGUGCCACACGUCGCCGUGCAUGCCUUACACGCUGGCCUGCUGGCACACGUCGUUCCCGACAAGCACGCACACUUCAACUCCUCCCCGCCAUCUCCUCACCAGCAACUCUAUCUUCGCACCCAUCCAUCUCGCGGCUCUUGCCAUGGCGGAUCGGCCGGGAAGCUCGUUGCCGGCCGUUCCUCGUCCGGUCCGGCCCCGUAGCGUCCAAGCGUCCUACUCGCCCCGCCGGCGCGUCCAUCCAUCCAACGCCCAGCUCCUCGUCUACCUAGCCCUCGCCGUCUCCUUGGCCGCACUCCUGGUCCUCACCGGCGUCACGCUCACCGUCGCGUCAGUCGUGCUCGUCGUCCUCGCCCCACUCUUGCUCCUCACCAGCCCUCUCUGGGCGCCGGUGACAGUCGUGGCCAUCGUCUCGGUGGGCGCCCUGCUGUUCGGCUGUAGCCUCACGGUGUUCGCGCUGGGAGCGGGCACGUGGGCGCACCGGCACCUGACGGGGCGGCACCCGGUGGGCGCGCGUCGUGUGGGCUACGCGCGUGGGCGUGGCCGGUUCGCCGGCGCCGGUGGCCACGCGACGGGCUACCACGGGCAGGUACAGGGGUACGAUCGGAUGAAGGACGCCGUGCCCGGGGCCUAGCUGGCGGCGAACAAGCCUUACCUUGCCGUGCAUUCCGUUUGGUUUGGCUACGUUUUACACACUGUUUUAGUUGGAACUGCUUCGAUUUGGCGAGGUAUAUAUAUACUGUGCUGAUACACGUUUUCGUGAGAAGUCGCCGUGUGUUGAAUGCAUUUCUUGAUCCUGCGGGAAUCAACUCUGCACAUUGCUGACUGUAUGUGCGUGUGUAUGUUUAUGUGAGUGCGGUCGUGCGGAGCUGAUCAAGGCCAUGAUGCAGGAGACUGUUGCCGUGGUGAAUAAAAAGGCUCUGUCGUAUGA